GUAAAUAAUCCUAUAAUUAGUAUUUGACUAUUUGUAUAGCAAAUAUCAUUAAACACAUAUAGUAUACCUCCACAAAAUCAAUACCAUUGGCAUUUUCUAUAGAUACAAGAAUGUAUUGGCUGGCUCUGUAUCAUCAUGUCUACGUAGACAGAGAUGUAUCAUGUCGACUAAACAAAAAUUACAUUUCCACGUAUAAGAUUUACUUAUAGUAGUAACUAGUAAUAAGUUUCCAAGUAAAAACAGACACAUUUAACUAAAUUAUUAUUCUAAAACAUUUUUAUAAAAGGAAGAAGAAAGUCACAGAGAUCGAACAUGAUUCUCCACUUUCCACUUCUUUGUCUUCUUUCUUCUCCUUCUCACUUACUUAACCCAUAAGCCAUCAAUCCCAAACACACCAUUACAAUGGCUUCUUCUAUCUUCUUCUUCUUCCUUAUCUUCCUCUCCGUCGUCUCCGCCGUCAAACUACCUCUCUCUCCCUUCUCCCACUCCGACCAAUCACCAAAAGACCCUUACCUCUCUCUCCGUCGUCUCGCUGAAUCCUCAAUCGCUAGAGCUCAUAAACUCAAACACGGCACCUCAAUAAAACCCGACGAAGAUGCUCUCUCCUCCACCACCACCGCAUCCGCCACCGUCGUGAAAUCUCCUCUCUCUGCUAAAAGCUACGGCGGAUACUCAGUCUCUCUCAGCUUCGGCACACCGUCGCAAACAAUCCCAUUCGUUUUCGAUACCGGAAGCAGUCUCGUUUGGCUACCUUGUACCUCAAGAUAUCUCUGCUCCGGUUGCGAUUUCUCCGGUUUGGAUCCGACUCUAAUCCCUAGAUUUAUCCCCAAGAACUCUUCCUCUUCGAAGAUUAUCGGGUGUCAGAGUCCAAAAUGUCAGUUUCUAUACGGACCCAAUGUUCAAUGCAGAGGAUGUGACCCGAAUACCCGAAACUGCACCGUCGGUUGUCCACCGUACAUUCUUCAAUACGGAUUAGGAUCAACGGCUGGGGUUUUAAUAACCGAAAAGCUUGAUUUCCCGGAUCUAACCGUACCCGAUUUCGUAGUCGGAUGUUCAAUUAUCUCCACCCGACAACCCGCUGGUAUCGCUGGGUUUGGGCGAGGACCCGUAUCGCUUCCUUCACAAAUGAAUCUCAAGAGAUUCUCUCACUGUUUGGUUUCUCGUCGGUUUGACGAUACCAACGUAACCACCGAUCUUGAUUUAGAUACCGGAUCGGGUCAUAAUUCCGGGUCUAAAACUCCGGGUCUCACAUACACGCCGUUUCGGAAAAAUCCCAAUGUCUCCAACAAAGCUUUUCUCGAGUAUUAUUACCUCAAUCUCCGGCGAAUCUACGUCGGAAGAAAGCACGUGAAGAUUCCGUAUAAGUAUCUCGCGCCGGGAACUAACGGAGACGGAGGAUCCAUUGUUGAUUCCGGAUCUACAUUCACUUUCAUGGAGCGACCCGUUUUCGAGCUCGUUGCUGAAGAAUUCGCUUCACAGAUGUCGAACUACACUCGUGAGAAAGACUUGGAGAAGGAAACAGGACUUGGACCGUGUUUUAAUAUCUCCGGGAAGGGAGAUGUGACGGUGCCGGAGCUGAUUUUUGAGUUUAAAGGUGGAGCGAAGUUGGAAUUGCCGUUAUCCAAUUACUUCACGUUCGUUGGGAAUACUGAUACCGUUUGUCUUACGGUGGUUUCGGAUAAAACCGUUAAUCCCUCCGGCGGGACUGGACCGGCGAUAAUUCUGGGGAGUUUCCAGCAACAGAACUAUUUAGUUGAAUACGAUUUGGAGAAUGACAGGUUUGGGUUCGCGAAGAAGAAGUGUAGCCCGUGAGUUUUCAGGGGUAAAUUUGACUUUUCACAACGAUGAGAUCAAUUUUUAUGAUUUUUAAUUCCGUUUUCCGAAAUAAAAGAAAAGGGUUUAAAUGUUUAUAGAAAUAUCAGAAAUAUGUAAGAGUAGUAAAAUUAAUAAAUUAAAAAAAAAAAUCGUAAUAGUUGGAUGCUAAAAUUGUCGAUGCUAGACAUUAUCAUUAGAAGAAAGAUGUUUGCAUUAUCGAAUAUGGACAAUAUAAUACAGUGAUACCACGUCAAUGUCCAUUAAUCUAAAGUAACCAAACAACCACUAAUAUAUUCACUAAUUAUCAUAGUAUUUUUAGAAAUUGAAUGUUUAUUGAUGUGAAACAAACAUGUAAGUACAUAUGACAUAUCCCCGUG